UAUCCCUUUGAGAGUCUGUUCCGCAGCCAGCACUACGCACUUCUCGAUAACAGUUGCCGUGAAUAUCUGUUUCUCUGUGACUUCUUCAUGGUGACCGGGAACUCUGCGCAGGAUCUGUUUAACGCCAUCAUGGGGAAGACUCUCACCAUGUUCUUGAAACACGUGGAUACCUACAUCGCUGAUUGCUUUGACAGCAUCGCCAUCUUCCUGUCCAUUCACAUCAUUCUCCGCUUCAAGACCAUCAUGGCCAAGAGGAAUGUGCCCGCUGUUGAUAAGUACUGGGAGACUUUGUUGGAAAUCCUCUGGCCCAGGUUUGAGCAUAUCCUGGAGUUGAACAUUCAGAGCAUCCGCAACACAGACCCCCAGAAGCUGGGAGCUCUCGACACCCGGCCACACUACGUGAGUGCGGACCCCUUCCCCCACACCCCCAGUCCCCAGCCCUACGUGUGGCUUUGUUUUAAAUGCCUUGUGCUUCUGGUAGUCCAUGGUGUGAGCAGCUGGACAGGAUGCAGUUGUGAGGGGGCCAGCGGACUCUCACCCUUCUAUCUGAGUAGAGCCCGGACGGCUGUGCUGUGUCCCGUUUCUCACCCUGAUCCCGUUUCCUCUUUUCAGGAGCGAGCGGCUGACGACAGUAAGGAGGUGGAGAGCUUCCAACAACUGCUCGCUGCCAGGACCCAGGAGUUUAUUGAAGAGAUCUUGUCCCCUCCGUUCGGUGGGAUGAUCUCCUUUGUUAAGGAGGCCGAGCUUCUCAUUGAGAAGGGGCAGAUGGACAAGCUGAAAGCUGAGGAAGGCAGAGUGGUGCAACUGGUACGAGGGUUUGCUGGGACCUGGAAGCAAUCUGUCGAGAAUCUCAGUCAAGAUGUUAUGAGGUCUUUCACCAACUUCAAGAAUGGGACAGGAAUCAUCCAGGGUGCUCUUACCCAGCUGAUCCAGUACUACCAUCGAUUCCACAAGGUCCUGUCUCAGCCUCCGUUCAAAAACCUCCCUGUACGCUCCGAUCUCAUCAACAUCCACCACCUCAUGGUUGAGGUGAAGAAACACAAACCCAGCUUCUGAACAACCAGCUCCCUCUCUGUCCCUCUCUGUCCCUCUCUGUCCCUCUCUGUCCCUCUCUGUCCCUCUCUGUCCCUCUCUGUCCCUC